AUGGAUCUCCAGGGUACCAAAGAUCCCCGAACACAGGAAGAUGGUGCCGACGGCCCGUUAGACGCCUAUGGGGCCAAUAGUGGACGUGCCAAAGAUUAUCACAAAAGUGAGAGCCGUGAUUCUCACAAACAUGACAACUCAUCUACGGUACAUCCUCCUCGUCGCCGACAGUCAGCCUUUACAUACCCUCCCGGCGCUCGUCAGCCCGUCACCACGCCGACCUCCACCGCUGCGCCUCGGCCUCGAGACCCCUCCCCGUCUCCUGAAGCUAUCACGAUUCCCCAGGACCUGGGUCUAGGCUCUCGUGAUCAACGGUUGUUGUGCAAGGCCCGACGCCAUCCGCCGGUGACGAAGCGGACCCUGAGCGAACUCGAUCUGCCCUGCAUCAUGAGCAACAUCAAUUUGCGCAUGGAUGCCAACUUCGACCGCGAUCUACAUUUCAAGCCCGAUCUGGAUGGCGAAAAGGAAAAGCGCAAGCGGAAGGAGGCAGCUGAUUAUUGGGACUCGAUGGCGACGGAGAUUGCCAUUUAUGCUUUCUAUGCGGCGCAUCCUGACAAUGCUGGUGGAAAGGAAGCCAAUGACCGGGAAAGUAGCUCUAAGCGGACGUUUGAGCCGCGGCUGCCGGCUAUGUUUGAGACUUUACAAGAAGUAAUCAAGACUCUGGUCCCCGAGCGAGAUCAUCCAAGCGUCAUUCAAAAUCUAGAAGUUCCUCUGUUGAUGCAGCAGAUUCGCAAAGGGGUGCUUGAUAUGGUUGCGCUGGCGACGUGGAUGGCCACUCUUCUGAAGACACACUGCGCGCCGAUGCGGGAUGAGUGGGCAGACCGUAUGGUUCAACAGAUUACUGAGGGCUCUCAAUCGCAGGAUCCAAAGGAGAUCGUGAAUGGACUUCAAACAUUGUUCGCCAUCUUAGAAGCAAUGAAGCUGGAUGUUGCUAACCACCAAAUACGCACCUUUCGUGUACUUCUCAUCGAAGACACUGUUCCUUUUCUAACGGAAUACUUCGAUGGCAAAAUCAAUCGCGGCAAUUUCCAGGUGGAACCCGCACGGCUCUGGUAUCUCGCAGCCCGGGAUCGUGCUCAAAAAGAAGAUGCAGACAAGAGUUCAAAUUCUACACAGCCAGACGACGCAUUGAAGCCACUCGAAGCCCUCUUCCGCGGUAUUGCGGACCAACUGCUUCAGUUCCACCCACCAGAUGACUUCCCGGAAACGUUCCUCUUUGAUUCAGAUCGGCUCUGGCAGCUUCGCUCGACUAUUCAGAACCUAAUCAACCUCGAAAUCGCCUGGUACAUCUUUGAAUCCUACGUCCACACCCAGAAGCGUUAUCUCUCGGCCCGUGACGAGACAUACGCCACCUUCCGGACCCGGAUCUGGUCUCUCAUGGAGGACGAGUUGAGUUCCGAUGGUCGAGCUACCAGCGACGAUGACGACCCUGACCUUCGUGGCGGCGUACGCUGGCUUCGAAAUAUGCGCUGCAUAUCACUGGAAAUUGCCCGCUUUGCCUGUGCCGCAUGCUGCCUGGAUGUUGUCGUUGCGGACGAGGUGAUUUCCCCGAUCGAGGCCGCUCUGGAGUGGCACCUUUCGAACGAGUCCGAUCUCUUUCGGUAUUUUCAGAAUGCCAUGCGCGAGAAGGUCCUAGCUGCGACGCUCGAGUCGGCAGGGAAAUAUCUCUCCCUCUCUCCUCUGGCCAUUUGCGAGUCCCAGCGAACUGCUCCGCCGCCCUCCACCGGCCCAGCCUCCGGCGGCCCGGCCCCGUCUGCUUCAACCACUAAUGCAUCGCCACCCUCCACACUAUCUCCCUCCCCCACCAGUGCGAUAUUGAUCGCAUUGGUAUGCGGCUUGCCCAUAUGGGUGUGUUACACUGGCGCGUAUGGGCGCCGCUGUUGUAUCUCAAAGAUGAGAUCGUCACCUCGAAUUCCGACCCGCCGGCGUUCGUAUAAGAUUUAA